CAGUUGUGAUCAGUUGGUACGAUCACGACAAGGUUACGGACUUCUAUUGCUGCCGCGACAGCAAAUUUUCCCAAAUUUUCUAGAAGCAUAAAAUUGCUUUCUUAAAAAUUUUUGCAAAGUACGGGAUAAGUCAGAUUUUACAACUGAAAGGCUUCCAAAGUUUCUAAAUGGCUACGCUCGAAGAUAAAUCUAUUUGGGAAGAUGGAGAGGAGACAUUGGGAGAAGAUGUCCUGCGAAUGUCCACGGAUGAAAUCGUGUCGCGUACACGGCUUCUGGAUAAUGAAAUCAAGAUAAUGAAGAGCGAGGUAAUGCGAAUUUCGCAUGAGCUCCAGGCACAAAAUGACAAAAUUAAAGAAAAUACAGAAAAGAUCAAGGUGAACAAGACCCUACCAUACCUGGUGUCCAAUGUUAUUGAGCUGUUGGAUGUUGAUCCGCAAGAUAUGGGAGAGGAAGACGGAGCAGUGGUCGAUUUAGAUGCACAGCGGAAGGGCAAGUGUGCCGUUAUAAAAACAUCAACUCGUCAGACAUACUUUCUACCUGUAAUUGGCUUAGUUGAUGCUGAGUCGCUAAAGCCAGGUGAUCUGGUGGGCGUUAACAAGGACAGCUAUCUUGUGUUAGAGACUCUUCCGGCCGAAUACGACGCCAGAGUAAAGGCUAUGGAAGUAGACGAGAGACCCACAGAGCAGUACUCUGACAUUGGUGGGCUGGACAAGCAAAUUCAAGAGCUGAUUGAGGCAGUUGUAUUGCCCAUGACACAUAAGGAGAAGUUUGAAAGUCUAGGUAUUCAGCCUCCCAAGGGAGUUUUACUCUAUGGACCACCUGGAACUGGAAAGACUCUGCUAGCCAGAGCCUGCGCUGCCCAAACAAAAUCCACUUUCCUAAAACUGGCCGGUCCGCAACUGGUACAAAUGUUUAUUGGCGAUGGUGCAAAAUUAGUCAGAGACGCGUUCUCGCUAGCUAAGGAAAAGGCUCCAGCGAUAAUAUUCAUCGACGAGCUGGACGCUAUUGGCACGAAACGUUUCGAUUCAGAGAAAGCGGGCGACAGAGAAGUACAACGCACCAUGUUGGAGCUGUUGAAUCAAUUGGACGGUUUUAGCUCGACUGCCGAUAUCAAAGUGAUCGCCGCCACGAACAGAGUGGACAUCUUGGAUCCGGCUCUGUUGAGAUCCGGACGCUUGGACAGGAAGAUCGAAUUCCCGCAUCCCAAUGAAGAAGCCAGGGCGCGCAUCAUGCAAAUUCACUCGCGCAAAAUGAACAUGUCGGCCGAUGUGAAUUUCGAGGAAUUAUCCAGAUCCACGGACGACUUUAACGGAGCACAGUGCAAAGCUGUUUGCGUAGAAGCGGGUAUGAUAGCAUUGCGACGUAAUGCAACGGAAGUUACUCACGAGGACUUGAUGGAAGCUAUUAAUGAAGUCCAAGCGAAAAAGAAAGCAAAUCUGAAUUAUUAUGCUUAAUAUGCCCUGUUACAUCAUUUAUUUAUUAGGUUACUUUUGUAUUAUACAUAUAGAAGCAAAUCUAUCCUCAGAUUUUUUGGUAAAUGCUGAUUCACGUUACUUAUAUAUAAUAAUAUAUAUAGCUGAAUGAGUAUUUUUCAAAAAGCCACAUGUAUAAAGAGGAAUUAAAAAAAAUUAUACCA